GUCGUAUCCCACUUCUUUGAGCAGGGACGAAGAUUCUCUCUCUCUCUCUCUCAAACCCUUGGAAAUGACGAUGUCUGGGAAUCUGAGGAUAUCUGCGAGCCUGGCUUCUCCUUAUCAUCAACAUCCGAAUCGCAUCUCAUUACCUUCUUCUCCGAAGGUCGAUUUCACGGGAUUCACGAACAACAGGACGGACCCUCUGGAAAAUGCCCGAUCUCAGAUGAAGCUCUUUGCCAGAAACCGAGGAGAUUACGACUUUUCGUCGAACUCAGCCGCCACCCCAGAGAUCGAAAACUUUCUUGUGAAUGCCAUCAACAUGAGUUUCUUGGACAGAUUGAAUCUGGCGUGGAAGAUAAUCUUCCCGUCCCAAGCGACGAGAAGAAGCUCCAACGCAAGAAUCGCCAAGCAACGCCUCAGGAUGAUCCUGUUCUCGGACAGGUGCGCGGUUAGCGACGAGGCCAAGAGGAAGAUAGUCAACAACAUCGUCCAUGCCCUGUCAGAUUUCGUGGAAAUAGAAUCGGAGGAGAAAGUUCAGCUGAAUGUGUCGACGGAUACCGAUCUCGGGACCAUUUACUCAGUGACAGUGCCCGUCAGGAGGGUGAAACCCGAGUAUCAGGACUCGGACGAGGCUGGAACCAUCACGAACGUGGAAUACAAAGAUACAGUCGAUGGUUCUGUGGAUGUCAGGUUCGAUUUCUACAUUCCAGACUGAGAUUACUUCAUAGCUUUUGGCCUUUCCUUUCAAAAUUAUCAGCUUUGGAUUUGUUCUUCAGCUUCUUUUUAGUUUUUUUUUUCAAGUUCAGAUCUUGAGUCGACAAGACAGAUCUUAACACUCUCUGUAUGUAUAUAUGGAACUUGUCUUCUAACUUGUGUCGCUUCUUAGCCUGUGUUAGUAAUAUAAAAACGCACCGUUUCACACA